GGAAAAAGGAAGUAAGAUGCAGUCUGUUUGCAUGCUUUGCAUUUGAUUUUUCUUAAGCUUCAAUAUACGGAAAGCCUUGUAUUUCCUUUAAGUGAAGAAAAAAAAAAUUCGGCUUUCUUUGGAUAAUGUAACUGUCUCUUGAGAGCGUCGCUUUGCAUUGUACGGUUAUUCCAUCGCCAUUUUUGUCUACAUCACACAGACGUUCACGAUUACAGUGGCGACGAGGAAGGUCAGCUGUUUAUUAUAUCCGAGCGUGUAAAAAAAAGUAUGGGAAUUUCUAGUGACGAAGGCGACGAGUUGCCACUUAGAUUGUCGGCCAAAAAGCGCUGCUACGCGAAAAGAUCACUUCUAUCUUCCGACUCAGACGAAAGUGAAAGGAAGGAAACAUCUCCAAGAAAACGGAUAAACAGUUUACACAAGGAAACAUUUGAAGAAGGAAUGUGUAGUAGCGAAUUAAACGAGACCCCCACCAGCUCACAGACGCCUCGCAGCUCAGAGCGGUUACGGAAGAAAUCAUCAUUGACUUUUUCUUUACCAAGCAGAAAAGAAGUACUAAAAUCAAUGUCACCGAAAGGAAAGAGACAAAGGAGCCAGGAGAAAAUAAAGGUUUUGAAGCCUAGAAAACUGGUGAACAAUUUCCUUAGAGAGCGUUCUUCUUAUGUGAGUCGUGGAGAAGGUGGGUUUGACUCUGAUGACAGUGGAAUGUCUGAUUUCAUAAACGAUGACGGAGAGGAUGAGGAGAAAUCUACUGCGGAAAGUGACCAAAGCAGUGAUGGUGGCAAGAAGGAUUCUGGAAUCUGUAGAGUAAAAGAAAGCAAAACAGAGAGAAAAAAGAAAAGAAUACUUGAUAGCUCAGAGGAAGAAAUAGGUCUUGAUGACAAGGCUGCUUCGUCAAAGCUAAAGGGCUCGAGUUUAUGUUCAAAUGAACAAGAAAUAUUCAGAAAUCUUAGUGAUCCAAAUUCUAAUGAGUCAGAUGAAAGCAUUGCAAGUAAACACAAAACAAAAAACAAAAGAAGAAAGCUUAAUCAGUUUAUUGACUCUGAUGAAGACAUUUCUUCAGGAAAGGAGAGGAACAAAUCUAAAGAUGGCAAUGCUAGAAGUGAAGAUUCUGAAAGUGACGACAUUUGUACAAGUGAAUCUCCACAUAAGGCUGAAAUCUUGAGGCCACGUUCACAAAGAGUGAAAAAGCUCAUAAAGAAACAGGAAGAUAAAAAUCAUAAAAUGUUUGAUGGCUUAUUAAAGAAAAGGCAAACAGCUAAACUUGAUCCGAAAGAAAGACUUGCAAAGAGGCAUUUGACAAAUGAUGAUGAUGGUGCUUCUUGUAGCACAGAUGAAUCGUCCAGCAGUGAUCAUUCUGCUCAUGCAUGUAGCUCUGAUGAUGAUCAAGACCCCUUCAAGGUGGCCGCAGCAUGUUUUGCACAGCUUAGUAGCGAGAUGGAUGAGGAUGAGGACGACCAAGAUUUCAUUGUCAAGGAUGUUGAGACAUCUGAUGAAGGCAUGAACUCAGAUGGUGCAUCACAAUUUCUUAAGCUCCUGGACACAUUUGCAGGCAAACAACAUGGUAAGGAUGACAAUGGAACACAGGACCAGGCUGGACCAGGGAUCACUGUAGGUGGGAUUCACUUCACUAGUAGGCAAAAGAGAAGGAAAAAGAAAAAAGUUAAGAAACGUUCAGCUUGGAAACGGCUUAAGAUGAAGGAUGAUAGUGAGAAUAGUGCUGAUGAUGAUACCCUUGAUACCACACCUAACAGAUAUCAACCCCUUCACAUUGCCAUUCUUGAACAUGAUUUCCCUUUAGUCAAUAAGCUUAUCAAGGAAGAUCCUGAUUGUGUUUAUGAGAUUGCCUUCAGAAAGAGGACUGCACUACAUUUGGCUGCUUUAGAAGGCCAAGUAGAACUUGUGAAACUGUUACUGAAGUAUGGGGCUGACCAGACCUCUCUUGAUUACUAUCACCUGCCUGCAUUGGCAUAUGCUUUGGACGGGCAUCCAGAAUGCGUUCAGCUGUUGCUUGAGCAAGCUGAUAUUAAGAACAUUACUAAAAGUAUGAGGAGGAACAAACAAGGAAUGAACUUGUUGCAUUUUGCUGUGGGAGAAGGGAGAGAUGGAUUGAAUUGUCAUGACAGAGCAAAAUGUCUGGAGCUUUUGUUUCAUGGAGACAAGAAAACAUGCACCAGGCUGUUAACAGCAAGUGAUGUCAGGAAGUUUGUUCCAUUAGUUGCAGCUGUUCAUGCAGGACAACAUGAGUGUGUCCAGGUCUUACUGAAGAUGGGUGCAGGUACAUAUAUGACUGUCUUCAAGACUGAUGAUGGAGGCAACAUACUUCACUUUGCUGUGGAAUGUGCAUCACAUUUCAAAAGCAAAUGGGAACCUAUCAAGGACACUUCCUCUUGUCUAAGGGAGCUUUUGAAGGAAUCAAGAUUGCUUAUUGACCAGCCAGAUGAUAAUGGUUUUACCCCAUUGAUGUAUGCUUGUGAAAGUGGUAAUACAGAGUGUGUCAAGACACUGCUUGACAAUGGUGCAUCAUUUAAAUAUGUGGACAGCCAUGGCACCUCUAGUCUUCAUCUUGCAGCCAUGUCAGGAGACACAGAGUGUGUUCAACUUCUGCUGAACUCUGGGCACCAAGUUGACUGUGUUGACAAGUAUGGUUGGCCACCACUGCUCUAUGCUAACUUCAAAGCUCAUGAAAGCUGUGUGUUAGCGCUGAUGAAACCAAAACCAGAACAAGUGUUCGUACUGAGAGAGCUGCUGAGAAGAGCAAGCCGUGACUUGGAGAAGAAAAGAACUGUUAAGGUGGUCAAGAAUGUACUGGUGUCAUUAGCCAAUCACGAUGCAUACUACACAGUAUUCAACGACUUCAUUCGCCAAAAUCCUGAGAUGCUUGACGAGAAUAAAUAUGGACUCCUACAGCAUAUCUGGAGGGCCAUCUUGGAUUUUGAUAACAAGAGGAGAUGGUUUAAAAAGAAGCUUUCACAAAUCAGGACAAGCUCUUGGAAACAUGAUCGUUUGCCUUUGGAGAUUGACAGAACCAAUGUUCUAGGCAGUGCUAUGAAUCAAAUGGGGAGAAUACCUGGACAUGUACUGAGACACAGGGAUUUGACUGUCACAUUUCAGAAUGAACCAGGUACCUGCACUGGCCCAAAAAGAGAAUUUUUUGCUUGCUUUUGUAAAGAUGCCAUUGACCCCAAAAGACGCCUGUUCAUGAUGGCAGAUGAUGCUCAGUACAGUCCUGUGCCGAAUGCUUACUUUGCUAAACAUUUCACGGAAGAAGCUCGACAAAACGCCAUACAAGCGCCAAGCACUCGACAGGGGCCAUCAACUGGGAAAUUAAAGGAAUGCCUUCCAAGCGAGUGCACAGAUGAUGAGUUGAGGUCAGCAGUUUCGCAGGCAGAAGUUCUUCAUGCAAUGGCAGAAAAUAUAAGUCAACGACUCAGUGCACAAAAUGAAUGUGAUAACAAUAUGAGGUCUGCUGGACAGAAUGGUUUGGAAAACUAUGGAGCAAGUCAGGGAUCUGAGGAAGGGAUCAAUUUGAGCCAGAGUGUUGCAGAAGGGCAUCCCAGAAUUACAGCAACAGCGGAUGAGGUAGCGUCCAAUGAAAGUGGUUGUAACGAAAGAGUUGUAGGAAGUGCUGACACGAGGCAUUCAUCUGAGCAGGAGCAGAACAAUGGAAACCAAGUAACAAGGAAUCUCUCCUUGGGUUCUAAACUCAAACAGCUUCGCUUUAUCGGUCCCAUGGUUGGAUUUUCUAUUUUUGAAAAUUUGCUUCUGGAUCUUCAUCUCUCCAAACCAUUUGUAAAGCAGAUCCUUGGAAUACCUUUAACUCACCCAGACGACCUUAGUUCAUUUGAUUACGAGCUCCAUAAGAAUGCAGUGACUUGGCUACAGGAAAACAGUGUGAACGAACUGGACUUGUCAUUCAGCGUGGAUGCUCUGAAUCCAUGGAACUCUAAACCGGUGUCAAUUGAGCUUAGUGACGACUGUGACAAGAAGCUCACAGAUGACAAUAAGGAAGAAUACAGCAGAUUUGUUUCACAAUUUAAAUUGGAAAAAUCGAUUAAAGAGGAAGUGGGUGAAUUCUCAGGAGGACUUCAUGAGGUUAUUCCACGAGAAUUCCUUUCGCUGUUUACGGCUGACGAAUUUUCAUUGUUGAUUAACGGAGUGGCUAAGCUUGAUGUGGGAGACUGGAAGAAACACACCGAGUAUAAGCAGUGCACGGCAGAAGAUGACGUUAUAAAAUGGUUUUGGAACAUUGUGACACCACUGAAAGAAGAAGAAAAAGCUCUGCUGAUCAAAUUUUCCACCGGAUCGCCUUGCGUUCCCCUUGGAGGCUUUGCUGCCUUAACGGGCUUGUCAGGUCCAACAAAAUUUACGAUUUCGAAGAUCGAAGGACUUAACAAAAUUCCAAUGGCAUCCACUUGUUUUAACAUGCUGAAACUGACCAGCUACAGUUCUGAGAAACACCUCAAGGACAAACUGUUGAUUGCAAUAAGGCACGGUGCAGAGGGGUUUUCAUUUUCAUGAGCCACAUAUCCUGCUGUGCUGAACCGCUGUUAUCGAAGAAGUGUCAAGAUUUUUUUUCCACCUCGAACAGCUCGAGAUGAAUGGUUUAUGUUCGCAUGUGGUUCAGAUCCGGAUCUUAAGCACAUUGGCGGAGUAAGAACCAUUCAGAACCUCUGGACUACCUUGCUAUAUGAUGUUCUUCUUUACUUUUAUACGGUCCUCUACAUUUUAAAAUAUUGAUAUAAGAAUGGGCGUGAAGAAAAAUUCAAACAUUUGUAACAUAACACUGAUAAGUUAGGAUAUUUAGAAACUUGUGUUCCAAAGUUAACUGUUCGAUGUGCUAAGAGAGUGAGCUAAGAAAGCCAUCUUCA